UUUCGGUAAAAAAAAUUGAGGGGUUCCGGGUCUCAUCUUAAAUAAAUGCCCUCUCCCGCUUCCUACGUCCCUCAUCCUCACCUCACCUUCAGCGCCUCACCAGAUCAAAGAAUGGAAGCCAAGAUCCAAGAACUCCUCGACAUCCAAGAGAUCCGCGACAUCUCAAUCCGCUACAACCGCUACGCGGACGCCGCCGACGGCGACAGCUUUGCCUCACUUUGGCUCGACGACGGCGAAUUCGACAUCCACGGCGACAAAGUCUACAAGGGCCACGAGGAGAUUGCGUUUGCGUGCCGCGCUGCGACCGAGGUUUUGCAUUUCGUGGUCGAUUCGCAGGUUACGGUUGAAGGCGAGACUGCGAGGCAGACGUCAAAGUUGCUGCUGUUUCAUCGCGAUCAGCCGGAGCGGAAGGAUAUCGAGUUUGCGUGCACGACAACUUUGAGCGAUGUGUUUGUCAAGAGGGAUGGAAAGUGGUAUAUCAAGUAUAGGCAGUCCAAGAUCGAUAUGGAUAAGGACUCUGCGUUUAGGAAGAUGAAGUUGGUUCGCUAAGAGACAAAAAUGAU